CACUAAACUGACAUAAGUGGCAACGCCGUAAGCAGCUGUCAACUGCUUUGACAGCGCAUCAACUUCCUUUCCUUUUUCACGUAUCGUACGAGAUGGCUCGUGGACCCAAGAAGCAUUUGAAGCGUUUAGCCGCACCCAAGGCAUGGAUGUUGGACAAAUUGGGAGGAGUUUUCGCUCCCCGUCCAUCAACCGGUCCACACAAGCUGCGCGAGUCGCUGCCACUGUUGAUCUUCUUGAGAAAUCGUCUCAAGUACGCUCUCAAUGGCGCUGAGGUGACCAAGAUCGUCAUGCAGCGUCUCAUCAAGGUUGACGGCAAGGUCCGCACGGAUCCCACCUAUCCCGCUGGAUUCAUGGAUGUCAUCACCAUUGAGAAGACCGGUGAGUUCUUCCGUCUCGUCUAUGACGUUAAGGGACGUUUCACCAUUCACCGCAUUUCCGCCGAGGAAGCCAAGUACAAGUUGUGCAAGGUCCGCAAGACACAAUUGGGUGCCAAGGGUGUUCCUUUCCUGGUGACACAUGAUGGCCGCACCAUCCGUUAUCCCGAUCCUCUUGUGCACGCCAACGACACCGUGCAGGUUGAUAUUGCCAGCGGCAAGAUCACCGAUUACAUCAAGUUCGAUUCCGGCAACCUGUGCAUGAUCACCGGAGGCAGGAAUUUGGGACGUGUGGGCACCGUUGUCAACCGUGAGCGUCACCCCGGUUCAUUCGAUAUUGUGCACGUUAAGGAUUCCCAGGGUCACAUCUUCGCCACUCGUUUGACCAACGUGUUCAUCAUUGGCAAGGGUAACAAGCCCUACAUCUCGUUGCCAAAGGGCAAGGGUGUCAAGCUGAGCAUCUCGGAGGAGCGCGACAAGCGUUUGGCCGCCAAGACCCAUUAAGUACGCGAGUAGGAGACAAGAGUAAUGAGGAUUUUUACUUUUUAGCAUAACUCUGUACGUUAAAGCUACGGAAUUACAAAUCAACGUAAAGAAAAAAGUA